AUGUGGAGGCAGGUGAUAACCCGGUUCGGCAUCCCGAAAAUCAUCAUUUCAGAUAACGGGACACAGUUCACUGACAAGAAGUUUGUAGAGUUUCUCACCGGCUUGGGGAUAAAACAGAAGUUCUCCUCGGUUGAACAUCCUCAGACAAAUGGACAAGUGGAGUCCGCAAAUAAAGUCAUCCUGCUAGGCCUCAAGAAGCGUUUAGAUAGCAAAAAAGGCGCAUGGGCUGACGAGCUCGCCUCGGUCCUCUGGUCCUACCGAACAACCGAGCAAAGCUCCACAGGGAAAACCUCCUUUCGCCUAACAUACGGGGUCGACGCGGUAAUACCUGUGGAGAUUGGCGAACCGAGCCCGCGACUACUUCUGACGGGAGUAGAAGAAGCGGUGGAGAAAGACCUGGUGGACGAGGCCAAAGAGAUGGCCCACUUGUCGGAGGUAGCACUGAAACAAUGA